AUGACUACUUUGGACGACCGACUUCUGGGCGAGAAAACGCAUUAUUACUGCAGUAGUGAAGACGAAGAUGAGCGUGAACGAGGCAAGGACGACGACGAGGAUGAAGGAGCAACAGCUGCUGCUGCUCCAGAAGUCCCUGAGCCUCCUCCACCGCCUAGUAACGCGUGGCGAGGCAUGACCACAAACACCGGGCCAAAAGGUGUCAUUAAAGAUUGGCAAAGAUUCAAGCAGUUGGAAACUGAAAAAAGGGAAGAGCAAGAGGCGGAAAAGCUGAAGCUUAUCCAGAAGCUUUCUUUGAAUUGCGCGUCGGAGUCGGAGAAGGAAAAACAAAAGACGGAAAAGGAGAAGAAAAAGAGAGGUUGGGGUCGGUCGAAAAAGAAGCCCGUUGACGAGGAUGAAGACAUCGACAAAAUUUUGGAAGAAGAAGACGGGUUUUUCGAUUUCUACGUCAAGCAACGAAUGCAGGAGAUGAUUUCACGUUACGAAUGCCUUCCUGUAUUUGGUGAAGUGUUGGAGCUGAAGAGUGGCCCAGAGUUCCUCCGAGCCGUUGACGAUGAACACAAGGAUGUGACUGUUUUUGUGCAUUUAUACGAUCCUGGGAAACGAGCUUGCGCGGUGUUGAACAAUUGCCUUAAAGGGCUCACCUCGAAUUAUUCGCGGGGCUUUAAGUUCUGCACGUUGGAUGUGCGUGUCGUGAACAUGACGGAGAUAUUCCAAGCCCAGGGAGUCCCCGCUUUGCUCAUAUACCGUGGUGGAAACCUAGUUGGAAACUUCGUUCGUCUCGGUGAUGAGUUCAAAUCCGAUCACUUCAGCGCUGCUGAUGUGAUGAAGUUCCUUAUUGAACACGGGCAUCUUCCCGAUCAAUCUCUCACCCCGAAAAUCAUCAAAUCGUCGUUGAAGAAAGCCGGCAGCGAUUCGGACUAGAUUCUUCGACAAUCGAUUUUUUCAAGGUUAUCUUUGAUUUCGUUUUGCGCAUUUAUUUUUAUUUUUUUGCGCCUGAUCGAACAUUGAAUUGAAAGAGGCGUUCGAAAGGUGCACGGGAUCAAAACUUGGGUUUAAAAGAGUAAUGUAUUUAAGUUGGAAGUAUAGAAACAAAAGUACCUGGUUUAUGUUUUUGAUCUGUGGAAAACCGGGCCAGUUCCGGAGAAAGUUUGUUCUAUAGAGGAAAGCAAAGUUCGGGUGAUUUUGUGGUCACUGAUGACAUGAUACCAAAGCUUCGCGCUGCCUCGUCCACCGUCCAUGUUGGGCAAAAGAUGGGAACAUUCAGCGAAACGAUUAUUUCGGAGCACACGACCCGUCAAAUCUUUUCCUCUCUUUUGGCACUUUCCAGACGAAUAUUUUUUACAAAAACUGCGGAGAUGUACAGCAAGUUUUUUCUCGAGUUCCCUUUUUGUUCAAAUGUGAAAAAUUCUUGUUUUGUUGUGUAAACUGCUUACGAAACGUUGAUAAUUUUUGUGCAUGGAUUGGAGAGCUUUGUGUUCUUGUACAGGGCUUUUUUUUCACGCGAGGAGAAAUGUUCAGGGUUGUUGUUUCUUUGUUACGGAGUUCAGGUGUCGUUGUUUCCAGUCAAGUGCUAUCGUGAACCGUGCCUUGAUAAUGUAGAAAAAAAGAAUCUUCCCGGGUGCUUCGGCUGAAACAGGGUCUUCUGGUUUAUUAUUCCCUUUUUCUGUAAAGGUUCUCCAUUAUGCAUACAAACCCCGGCAGCUUCGGUAUUCUUCCUUCGCGCUGAUGCCAAUAUUCAUAAAAUUUAUGAGAGCAGGUCUCAAUUGGGACGUGUAUGCGAGGCUGACUUCUCAAGUAGGUGCAUUGCCCGCUGAAGAAAUGCGAGAUCGAGCCAAUUCCGUCUGACUGCUAAAUCUCUAGGUUCCAUAUAUUUUUGUGAGCCGUAAGAAAAGCAGAAAGCUGUGAGGAAUUUUUCGAAUGUUUGCGCAGAGGGCAGGAAUAGCUGCCCUGUACUAUGGAUGAACAGCAGGGGAUCUAUGUGAUAACUGCCAUUUCAGCUCAGAAGAUCCUAAAUUUCCAGUCGAACUGCAGAGGGGGAAAAUACAAUCGGAUAAUUUGUGUUCCGUCGAAUGAAAGAGAAAAGGGAUGGAAAUUGCUAAAAUACUUUCCGAAAUCGUUUCGCUUUUCUAAAUUAUUUUUAUCUUCAUAAGUCUGAUCCAGAAAAAUUAAAUCCACGAAUUUAUGCCAGCAAGCAAAAAUGCAGAAUUCAUCAUUUGCGCUCAAUGUUUUCAAAAUUGUUGUCUCAUUUUCUCGAUCAUUAGAUUAUUAAAUUUUGGUUCCAUUUACAAGUACUGUAUGCAUCUCAUAUACCAGUUCUAUAUUUGCCUCCAAAAGUUGAGAAUAUCAAGGAUUCAAAUACUGUACAGUAAAGAUAUCCACAUUCAUUUCCGAAGUAACCCCUCCGGAAUUUACGGGAGAAGCCGAUCUGUUGCGUUACGUGGAAUUCAGUUCGUGAUUGAAAUCCUGGGCCUUAUUCGCUGAUAUGUGUCUGUAAUGGGG